AUGGAGGAUCGCAACACGCAAGACGGUCCAGUUGACAGCGAGGAAAAGCCGCACUUCUGUGGGAGAGACGUCCCGGAGAGGAUGUUCAGGUCCGUGCUGCUGCUCCUGGCAGUGUCAGGCCUCCAAGCCGUCCCAAUCGCAGUCCCUCGAGGUCUGCAGAAGACAUCUUCAACCUACCAGCUCCCCGAUGGCUUUCAAAUGGGCACCGAACACGACACUGACAUCCGUCGACCCAUUCCAGACAGCUACAGACAAGGUACUGAGCUCUCCAGAAGGUUCCUGGUUGACCUCAACACUGGCCUGGUGCAAGACAACAUCGCUGUCAUCCGCCCCUCUCUUGGGAAUGGGUUUGGAGAGAUGGAGAGAAGACAGUGGCUGACAGAUGAGAUCCCUGUUGAUGUUCCAGCCCAGAAGAAUGGUGGUGGUUGGGUGCGGGUGGAGAUGGUUUCAGACAGGGAACUGAACCCUUCAGAACCUCACAUGUCUAUCCCAGAUGGUUUCAGACAGGGAACUGAACCUCACAUGUCUAUCCUAGAUGGUUUCAGACAGGGAACUGAACCUCACAUGUCUAUCCUAGAUGGUUUCAGACAGGGAACUGAACCUCACAUGUCUAUCCUAGAUGGUUUCAGACAGGGAACCAAACCCCUUAAGUCUAUCCCAGAUGGUUUCAGACAGGGAACCAAACCCCUUAAGUCUAUCCCAGAUGGUUUCAGACAGGGAACCAAACCCCUUAAGUCUAUCCCAGAUGGUUUCAGACAGGGAACCGAACCCCUUAAGUCUAUCCCAGAUGGUUUCAGACAGGGAACCGAACCCUUCCUGUCUAUCCCAGAUGGUUUCAGGCAGGGAACCGAACCCUUCCUGUCUAUCCCAGAUGGUUUCAGACAGGGAACCGAACCCUUCCUGUCUAUCCCAGAUGGUUUCAGACAGGGAACCGAACCCUUCAUGUCUAUCCCAGAUGGUUUCAGACAGGGAACCGAACCCUUCCUGUCUAUCCCAGAUGGUUUCAGGCAGGGAACCGAACCCUUCCUGUCUAUCCCAGAUGGUUUCAGACAGGGAACCGAACCCUUCAUGUCUAUCCCAGAUGGUUUCAGACAGGGAACCGAACCCUUCAUGUCUAUCCCAAAUGGUUUCAGGCAGGGAACUGAACCCUCUGCCUCUAGAAUCCAAACACAGACAGUGGAAUGUAAGGGAGAGGUCAUCAAUGGAAACUGCUAUGAGUUCAACCCCACACCAUUAACCUUCCAGGACGCACAGGUCAUCUGCAGAGCUCUUGCCCCAAAUGCUGAGCUUGCAUCUGUACCCAGCAGUGAUCUGCAUUCUCGCCUGGUUUCCCUGGUGACCGAGGGUGGUGAGAAAAACCCUGUGUUGACCUGGCUGGGAGGCACCGUCAAGAACCAGAAGGCAUCAUGGGUAGACGGGUCGGAGUGGGGUUACAGUGACUGGAAGCCGGGCCACCCCAACAUUCAGACUGACAAACCUGUGUGUUUGGAGAUGUUCCAGAUAGAUGAGAGCUGGUGGACGGCCGCUGACUGUGACCUGAGGAGAGCGUCCAUCUGCUCGUACCCAAUCACUGCCUGAAGACCACAAAGACACAGCAUAUACGAGUGUGGACAUCUGGAUCUGUCUUGCAGACAACAUUGUUUCUUGUUUGUCUCCUUGAAUAAAACUUUAAGAUUUGA